UAUGUGCCUGGCAAGAUACUUCUUGAGCGUAAAAAAUGCUUAAACGAAAAAAGACCUAGAGCCAGGCACUAUAAAGGGCAUUCAAGCAAGCAUAAAAAGAUAUCUUAGUGACAACAAUUAUGAUGUUGACAUUAUGUCGGAUCACAGAUUCAAACAUUCCAGGAAUGUUCUGCUAGACUUGAAAGAAAUAGGUCUGGGCAACAAAGCCAUGCGAUCUGAUCCAUUCACUUCAGAAGAGAUCGACAUAUUAUACCAUAACAGGCUCCUUGGUAAAGAAUCGCCCAAGUCCAUUAUCAACACAUUCUGGGUGAACAACACACUGUACUUUGGCCUCAGAGGCAGACAAGAGCAUAUGAACAUGCUUGGAGGGACCUGGAAAUAAAGCAAGCCACAGAUGGAACCAGGUAUAUAGAGUUCACGGAAAGAGCCACCAAGACCAGGAAGGGAGUGACAGAUGAUGCAAGGAUGUUCAAACCCAAAAUAUUUGAACAGCCAGGAGAUGAGAGGUGUCCAGUGAAACUCUAUCUAGAAUAUGAAAGUCGACGCCCACUAACAUAUCUGCGUCCUGACAGUAGAUUCUACCUCAGGCCGAACUAUAAAGCACAAUCUGAUGGCGGAUGCUGGUUCGUAGCUCAGCCUAUCGGAAAGAACACACUUUGCCAGAUAGCAAAUACCAUGAAUGCAAGUGCUGGGUUUACAGGGAGACAUGUGAACCACUCAGGUACAAAAACAUUGGUGACCUCCCUUGUUAAUGCUGGAUGUGCACCCACAGAAGUGGUUCAGGUAACAGGCCAUACAAAUAUAAUGACACUGAACAGCUAUCACAGCUUAACCAUUGACCGGCAACACCAAAUGGCCAAUAUGAUUCACAAGAAUUGUUCAAAUUCAGCAAACAAAGCUUCAUCUUUAAAAGAACCAGGACCUUCUGGAGAUCAUGAUGAUGACAUGACUGAUGCAGAAAUCCUACAACUUUCCCAAGAAAUGGACCCCGUUGUUGAGCAAACAUUGAAUAAAAUAAAUCAAUAUGAAAAUGUACUUGACUUGCAGGUUGUGCAUAGUCCAGGUGGCUCAUUACCCAUGCAUCAUCUAAAAAAAACAGGGCCAACUGUUUUCAAACUGCACAUUCAAUGGUGCAGUGAAUGUGAUUUUUAAGAAUUAAUAUAAUCAUCUAAGAUUUGUGACAGCAUGAUUCAUAUUUGUAUUUUGAUUGCAUUUUCAUUCUGCAUAUUGCAUCAUAAAUAUUAAAAGAGGAGAAGUAUUUUUGUUAAUUGUUGUAAUCACAUAUAUAUAUACUUCACUAAAAUGGCCUUUCUCAUUAUAUGUUAUAUUUUUAUUUAAGUAAUGUCUGAUUCUUCAAUGAAAAAAACCUUUAAAGCUGUUUAAAGAUUUUUGCACAGAAAACUAGUACUGAAAUAUGAUAAAUAUGUAUGCUUCUUUUUGAAUAGAACACCUAGGUUACAUUAUGUCAGAGUCUUAUCAAAUAUAUUUAAUGAAA